AUUCUCAUUCAUAGUUUACUUUUCGAGAUUUCGAAUAAUUUUCGAUAUAUUCGUAAAUACGAUCGUUAAUACUUUACCUGGAGCCCCUGGAGCAUUCAAAUUAUUAUAGAAUACCAAUUAUUAAUUUUCGUCUUUGAAAUGCUCAUCAAAGUGAAGACUCUCACUGGCAAAGAAAUUGAGAUUGAUAUAGAGCCUACAGACAAAGUAGAACGAAUAAAAGAAAGAGUUGAGGAGAAGGAAGGUAUUCCCCCACAACAACAGAGGUUAAUCUUUUCAGGAAAACAGAUUCUCAUACCUGUAAAUAAAGAGAGGGAAAGCAACAGUUGUGAGGCAGAUAUAAAAUUGUUCAAAUAUAGGGAAGAUGUACCUGAACAAACAUUUAUUAUGGAUAAAAAUGGAAUAGUGAAGUUUUUGAAUCGACUAAAUACUGGUGAUGAAAUUCCAAAUCUCAACUUUUGGGAAGAUACCUGCGUACAUAUUUUGAAUGAAUUGCGUACCGAUUUCGAAUCUAUUUCGGAACAUCAAUUCUCCAUAACUCAACAUAACUUCUCUCCUGAUUCUUCCAAGAAAACAUCUGCAGAAUGGAAAACUAUAUGUCUCUUCUUUUAUCUGAUGAAUCUAUUAAGAGUAGAAAUAGAAAAAUCGGAAGAUGUACUCUUGAGCGUCCAAGAAACAAGAGAUGUGAAACAUUGUUUGAACUAUAUUACUAAGAUUGGAAUAUGCACGAAACUUCAACCGAAGUUGCCAUUUUUCGUUGAAAUCCAGAGUGUCAAAGAAGAAAAUGAAAAUGAAGAUAUUUUCUGGAAUUACAACGUAUUGAAAUGCACGACUAAUGGAUUAUGCGAAUUAUUGAAAGUACCAAGUAUGAGAAUACUAGUAUUACCCGAGUGUUUGAAAUUCAUUUUAGUGGCAGUAUACCAAAUUUCUUACUGCCCUUUGAAAAAACCCGACGUUGACGCAAAUAACGUGAUAUCUGAACCUAUCUAUAACCUUUUGGUACAGGAAAAAGAACGAUUCAUCAAACUAAUGGAAUAUUUGAAACGGUCCAUUCAUCCCCGAAUAUUUGCCAAGCAAAACAUGAUUAUUUUGCAAGAAAAUUCCCCGAAGUGGUUCAAAAAAUCAGUUUCUCAGACCCUCACUGAUAUAAUUCGGUCAAAUAAUGGUGUAGAGAUCAUCGCGGUUUCUCUCAUUGGUGAUUGCGAUUAUGAUAGUGCUCAAACGUGGAAGAUUCUAGAUGUACUAACGAGACUGAUACUGAGCUGCCAAGUUUUUCCUGAUUUCGAAAACAACAUCUGCAAACAAGUCAUCAAAUUGUUAGACAAAACUAAUGAGGAAACAUUAAUUUUUGAGCGAGUAUUUUGUUAUUGCACAAAAUCAAUCUACCAAAUUGAUCCAGAACUUUGCAAAGAACAUUUUGUGAGAGCUUCUGUCAGUUAUUUACUGUAUUUCACUUACAAGGGACACAUAUUUCAAGAUGGAGAAGACAUAACACAGAAAAUUGAACAAACCAUCAGGAUAAUCCAUACUAUUUUUAUUGAAAAUUCGCUGGACAAUCAUCAAGCUUUGCCACUUGAAAUUUUGAAACCUAUGAUGGGCGUGAUUUUUAGAUUUUUCGUUCUUACAUCAAACUCCUCGUUCAAAUCUACUAACAAUAAUCUGCAAGCUAUAACUAUUGCUUAUUUAUUGAAAUUUCCUGAUGAAUUCCUUCAAUUAAUCGAUAAUUUUCUGUUUGGCAUUGAUACAAAGGAAAUCUUACCCUUUAGAAAUGAUUUAAUCCUAGAAGCGAACAAGGCCAAAAUCAUUAUUAAAUUGGCUGAUUACUCCAUAACAUAUUCAUCACUUGAUAAUUCGGAAUGUCUGUUGAAACUGUUGAAACCAAAUUCGAAACUUUUGGUGAGGUUUUUCGGGUUUCUUUUGAAUACCCUGACGAAUAAAGAGAAGUACUUUAUUAAAAAGAACGACGACCUCCUUCAACUAGAAUCUGAUGCUAUUAUGAACGAAUUCUUCGAAAGAAAUAUAACAGUAUACAAACUGUUAUCGGAGAUGGCAGAGGAAAAAACAAUACAAGAGCAACUGAGUGAGGAGCCUGGAGAUAUCAUUGAAUAUAUAAGAAAUGUUUUGAGGAGAACACUGGAAUUGUCUACACACCAAACUGAAGAUCCUGAUGCUCAAGAGUUCCAGUCAUUAUUCACUGUUAUCAUAAUUUUGCAAAAUCUUAUUGCACGUUCCCGUAAGAGCGAUUUGAAGCAGUACGAUUGUUUGAUAACAGAUUUAACUGUGAUUUCGAGAGAGACUGGUAAUGUGGAGAUGAGAAACAUCAUCGAAAAAAUAUUGGGAAACAUGGAAAGAAGUGUUAGUGGACCUUCCCCAAUGCUCCAUGAGAGAGACGUUAAAACUGAUCUUGACAAAGCGAUAGAAGACAUUUGCGACCCUUUGUUGCCCACAAGAGGUCAUGGAUUGCUCUCUCUCAAGAAGUUGUUAGAAAAUAAGGAUAAACAGGCGAUGGAUAGGAAGCAAUAUAUUUUGAAUCUUCUCCAGCAAAAUCUGAAAAACGACGACUCUUUCAUUUAUCUAAAUGCCAUUGGGUGCCUAGCUGCUUUAGCUGACAUUUUUCCUGAUACCAUACUGAACAUUUUAUGUGAGGAGUAUUCGGACCCGUCUAGAACAAGCACUGAAGGUGGUCACGAAAUCAAGAUGAAACUUGGUGAAUGUUUGGUGAGAGUGACAAGACAAUUGGGUGAAAUGGCCCCAAAAUACAAACCGUUAUUGCUGAAUACGUUUUUAGUCGGUGCGAAGGAGGAUGACGAUCUAAUGAGAGCAUCAAGUUUGUCGAACUUGGGUGAAAUUUGUAGAGCGCUCGGAUACAAAUUGGGUACAAUUGUUACAGAGGUAUUAUCAUGUGUGAAUGCCAUAAUAGCAACCGACAAGUCUCCCCAAGCCCGACGCGCGGCUGUCACAGUGAUCAGACAGCUCUUCGUCGGGCUCGAAUCGGAAAUGCUCGCUUUCCUGAAGGAGGACAUCUUGCCCAUCUACAGAACUCUCAAGGCCGUUUACAACGACGAUAAGGACGAAGUUAUGCGGCUGCAGGCGCAACUCGCCUUGGAAGAGCUGAACGAGAACAUGAAGAGUUUGGUGUUCGCCAAGCCGCAGUUGCAUACGGAGAAGAAUAUUGUUAUGUUGAAUUGAAAACUGGUAUUCUCAGUUUGAGUAAAAUACUUUUCACAU